AUGGCUUCUUCAGACGUCUUUGUUGCUGCUGCUCGCAAAUGUCUACGAGUUGGAAAGAAACUCUUCUCCGCCACUGUGAGUCUGAACCUGGCUGCUCAGGUCCUGGCUGUGGACUUGGGCCUGAAGCCCGCUCUGCUAUAUGACAGUAAUACAGCAUCUGCAGAGCAGGUCCAACAGUAUCUAAACUCUCUGCAGGCUGCACAACUUGUGUCCAAAUCUCUCCAGACAGUGGUCAUCAGUGAGAAUUCCUUGAUUGUGAACCCAUCCCUAACUAUAGCAAACCUGGAGGAACUUCUCUUGAGGAGGACUGUGACUGUGGUGGAUAUAUGUCACUCACUGGAGCAGCCUGCCGUCACUGAGCUACAGUGGGGAGCUAUCAGGGACAUGAUUCAGGCAUUACUUGCUCAUAUUAGACAGUUUGGGCAACAUUCUGCGAUGAGAAAUGGCCCUCACCGAAUCGAAACGAGACAUUGUGAGGCAUGGAAUCUGUGUACUCUCUUUGGGAUUCUAUUGGGCUACCCCUCCACAUACUGGUUUGACCAGAGCAGGAGCUUUGAGAACUGCCUAGCUAUGUCUCCGCUGGUGGUGACCAAGGCUGUGGCGUCCUGGCAGGGUGGUGUUGCGGGUCACAGGUGUUGCCUGUAUUCCUUCAGCACCCCAGAGGUGCUGCAGGCAGAGACUCUGUCAGUGAUGGCUAGCUGGACUACACAACUUCAGGAACGAUUUCAGCAGCAGACUGUCUUCUCUGGACUCAGUGUGACCAGAUCAACUGUCACCUUACCUUCUGUGGCUCUAUGA